GGUUUGCAGCCAGGAUGAGUGGAAGCGCCUCUGAUGUGGACUCAAGCAGUACCUGCUCACAACAUCAGACUUCAACCUCGGGAGACUCAGCAAUAUUCAACUCAGGAGAAUCCAACAGUAGCAUAGACUCAGACACCAGGAGCUAUGUCAAUCUGGCAGAAGUCCGAUCCAAUACGACACCCGCAAAGACUCUCAACAGUGUGAGUGAAAAAUUAAUGGCCUCCCAAGGAAAGCCGGCUGACGAGAUGUCCCCUGACAAUUCACAGCCGCCCCCUCUUCCAAAGAAGACACUCAGCAGAACAAACUCAGCUCCUGGUGGAAGUCAGCUUGGUUUAACGAGAAGUCUUCCAUGCUCCCCUGGCAUUCAAAUAAGCAACCCACUAUAUGGUAUCUAUGAAGGGAAGACAAGUAUGAGCACCCCUUGCAGUCCAAUGAACGCUGAUGAAAAAUUCAAUCUCCCAGGUCAUUUUGGUAGUAGGAGGACAGGGAUGAUAAAAUCUCGGAGUCUGGAUGGAUCUGCCAGUUACUAUCAUAGCAGCAAUCCUCAGAUAGAUAUAGGGAAAUUGAACUUUUGCAUUUCCGAUCUGGAACUACGGAAUUGGUUUAACUUCGAAAAUCAGGUGGAUAUUUUCAGAACGCUCGCCAAUCGAUGCAUGACAUCUCUGAGAUGCAUUUGUGCAAAAUACAGCGCAUUCUUCAUGAAUGACAAGAAAGCCAAGAUAAGGUUUAGCGAGAAGGACUGGCCGGAUCUCAAGCUCCCAAGUGACAAGGCCAGUUGUGACUCCAGAGAUGCCAUUUACUACAGAGUCCAGUACACGCAACAGCCACAGGAUGAGUUUGCUUUAAAGGUCAUCAAAACUCCGAAGCAAGAAUCUCUGCAGAUGGAACCUUGUGGCCUUUCAGUGCAGGAAGGCCUCCCAGUCCACUUCAAUGUACAAGAGGUGUGUGGGCACUUUGUUGCCACAAUUCCAACAAAGUUCUUACCCCCUGAAGGUGCAGCCUUGAGUUCCGGUGAUUCAGAGACAGAAAAGAACGGUUCAGGGCCAGAAGCUGUGGCAGAAGCCUCCAAAACUCAACCAAAUGACAAAACAAGCCAAAGGCCUCAGUUUGUGAUCAUCACUCAGGAUGUCCCCUACCAAACGAUGGCAGAUUUUGUAAAAGAGUCAGCAGCUCUUCACGAGUCCCAGGCAGAUGAAUAUGAACGUCAUGUAAGUCUUCUUCUUCUUCAGUUGUGUCUAGGGUUGGAACACCUUAAAGAUCAUAACAUUACACAUUGUGACCUCCGCCUAGAAAACUUGCUGUUGGUUAAGGUGGCUGAGCCAAGACACAAACAGGAAUGCAAUAAUUUUCAGCUGCCGAGGCUUAUUAUUAGCAACUUCUCCAAAGCUAAACAAAAAAAUACAGCCACCGAUCAAAAACUGCACCCAGAUCAGGUCCGGUUAGCACCUGAAAUGAUAUCAACAUCCCAGUACAAGAAGGUUGAUGAGUUUCAAUUAGGCAUUUUGAUCUAUGAAGUUCUACACAUGUCAAAUCCAUUUGAGAGCAUUUCAAGCCAGAAGGAAUACGAAGAGUACAAUAUAGAAAAGCUGCCUCAGAUUCCCCAGUUAUCUGCUUAUUCUAAAGGGCUUCAGCAUCUUGCCCACUUACUCUUACGUGCAGAUCCUAAUAAAAGAAUACAUAUCCAUCAAGCAAAAAGCAUCUUACAGACCUUACUGUGGGGUCCAUGCCCCAAUGUGUUCAGCGUGAACACUGGAUUCAAAGACCCACCUUAUUUCCUGAAAAACUGGUUGGAUGUCAAACGCACUUUGCUUAUGCUGAAGUUUGGAGAAAGAUUUCUUGAUGAUGUGAGCCAAGCAAAGCUGGAAGACUGGCUUUGCUGCCAGUACUUUGCAUUUGUUAAUCCUGAUUCAAUGUUUCAUGCACUAGAAAGGUUACAGAUUCUAUUGGAAGAAGGGUGUUAAAUAAGAAAUUGAAAUCAAGACAAGUAUGCAUUGACUAAUGCAGUUUCUACUGCAUAUAAUAGAACAAAACCAGAACCAUAACAACAGAACAAUAACAACAGCAUAUAUUUAUACUGUAUCAGGUUGUAUAACAUAUUAUGGUCAGAUGAAUUUGAUUAAGCUGCCUCAAGCUUUAUUUACACAUGUAUGUUCUAUGAAACUGGAAUUGACUGGUUGUAUUGGGAGUGAUGAAACAUAACUAUCAUGACUCUAACCUAAUAUAAAAACAAAAAAACUGCGGAUGCUGGAAAUCCAAAACAAAAACAAAAACAGAAUUACCUGGAAAAACUCAGCAGGUCUGGCAGCAUCGGCAGAGAAGAAAAGAGUUGACGUUUCGAGUCCUCAUGACCCUUCGACACUCUAACCUGUUAAGUGGUUCUCAAGACUUUCUAGCCUUUCCCGUCUGUUUAGUAUGUUAAAUACAUCUUGUAUGGUAUUGGUCCAUAUCAGUCUCAAUUUUCAGUAGUCUGGGCUGUUAGUUGAUCUCAGUUACAGUUAUACUCAGGGCACUAUAAAGGGGCUCAGGAGGAUAGGAUAAAACCGGGUGAUGUCCCCAGUGUUCCCGGUGCUGAUUGCUAUCACAAAAUUCUGCUGUAAAUUCAGUGCGUGUGUAUUAGGCAAGGCCAGUAGCAGACCUGGCCAUGAUGCCUUCUACAGCCAGCUAGCCAACCAAAAUUCACUCUAUGGACACACAUGUGAAAAAUGAUGAAUUACACAGCUGGGGAAUAAGGGAAUUGCCAGCUGCUGACUUAACCAAAUGCCAGAAUGAACGUACGGGCAUUCAGCAGAAGAGAGAAGAAAAGAAGUACAUUACAUUCCAAAUACUCAGGUUCAUUAGCAUAAACUUAAGUAUAUCUUUGAUUGAGGCCACAAAAUUUGUUCAGGCCUUCUGCCAAUGUCAUAAGACAAUGGAGCAAAUCUCCCUCUCACUGCAUGUCCACCUAAUGUAUGCUCCAACAUAACCCACUUGUAAAUAUUAGCUUUAACCAGGGAGCAUUAGGCGGGAUUUAUGUCCACCACCAUUGCUUCCUACCACCCAUCACUAACAAUGCAAGCUAAUAAAAACAGUUUUACAUAAUUGUCAAGUCUUCUCAUGAUCUCUAUAAUUUCCACUAUAUCUUGUUGCACCUGGAUAAUAACUAUAGCCAGAUAUUUGCACAAAAAAUGCACAAUAAGCAAAAUACCAGUAACCCCGACACAACCAAUCACAACAAAGUGAAAAUAACUGAUGAUAAAGUCUUGAUCAAAAGACUUGUCUAGCUCAUUGUGCAGUUCCUCAACUUGUAGUUUCAAACAUUGUUUAAUUUUUUUUUCUAUGCAUUCAUGGGAUGUGAGCAUCACUGGUGAGGCCAACAUUUGCUGCCCCUUCCUAAAUUCCCUUGAGAAGAUGGUGGUGAGCCACCUCCUUGAACCACUG